AUGUUAAUAUUUAAAUAUAAAGUAACUAAAUUAUUUGAUAGAAGACUAAAUAAUAUUUCUGUUUUUAUAAUAAAAAAAAAAAAUGUAUCUUAUGACACUUUAGCUGGUAUUCCAUGGAUGAGCCAUAGUAGAAUUACGAAGAUUUUUGAGAGGGUUUCUGAUGAAGGUCCAUUUGAUAAAAUUACAUGGGAGAAAUUAAGCGAAAGAGCAAAUAAAAUUUAUAAUAGUUUUGACAUAAAAGAAAUUGGAAGAAUAUUAUAUGCUUAUUCUAAAGUAAAAUAUAGAGAUGCUAAAAUAAUUUACAAACUUACAGAAAAAAUAAAAAACAAAGAAAUACAUAAAAUUGACCUAUUAGGUUGUGCUCAUAUCUGUCAUGCAUUAAAUAACUUAAAUUAUUUUGAUAGGAAAUUAUUUGAAUUAAUAUUUUCUAAGAUAAUGAAAUUAGAAAUAAAUAAUAAUUCUUUUCCUGUUAUUAUAACCCUAAAUGCUUAUACAAAACAUUGUAAUGAUUAUUUAUUUCGAGAAAUGUCAUUAAAGUUGUUAAUUUAUUUUUUAGAAAAUUUUCAUAAAUAUAAAAAUUCAUGCUCACCUCAGGGUUUAGCUAUGUUAUUAAAUUCAUUUUCUCAAGUAGUAAAACCAUCACCUGACUUUUUGAAAAAUCAAAACGAACAAUUGAAAAAAAUAUGUAUAGAUGAAAAUAAAAAAUUAGAUUACACUUUUUUUAGAAAAAAAGGAAAUAUAAUUAAUAUUAUUCAUGAAAAUAAAAAAAAUAACAGUGAAAAUAAUAUAGAACAAUGUUUACUUGAUAAUUCCGAAAAUAAGAACUAUGAAAAUGAUAUAGAUAAUAAGCAUAAUGAAUUAUAUCAGGAUGAAAUUAAUGUUAGAAUAUUUGCUGAAAGAAAUAAAGAUAAAAAUGAUGAAAAUAAUUUUAAUGAUUAUAUAAAUAAUCAUAUAUAUAAUGAAAGUAAAAUUAUUGAAAAUGAUACAGAAGAAAAAAGUGACAAAUUUUUGGGAAAAUCAAUUGGAGAAAAUUUUAAAAAUAUUCUAGAUGUGGAAAAUGUAAAAAAAAAUGCAGAAACUAUUAAAGAUGAUAUAUUGAAAGGCUUAAAUAUAGUAAAGGAAUAUGAUGAAGAAAUUAUUAUUAAAAAUAAUAAAGAAUUAUUAAACAAAUUCUUCUUAAUGUUAUUAUUACAAAUAACAAAAAAUAUUAAAAAAAUGAAUACACAAUCUUUAUCAUUAGUUAUUAAUUCAUGUUCUAGAAUUUCUUUUGAAGUACCCGAUGAAUUUUUAAAAAUAAUUAAUGAAGAAACCAAUGCGAAAAUCCAAUUUGCAACAAUUAGACAUUUAUCUCUAAUAAUAAAUGGAUAUAUAAAAUUAAAUAUUAAAAAUCCAGUAUUUUUAUCAAAUAUUUUCACAGAAAUUGAAAAAAAAGUACUUUCGUGUGAUGAACAACAAUUAAGUUUUAUACUAAGUAGUAUGGUUAAAUUAAACAAUAAAAAUGAAAAUUUAAUAAAAAAUUUAAAUACUAAAUUUAUUUUAAAUAUAAGAAAAAUGAAUAUUUCAACAUUAUGUAAUAUCUUAUAUUAUUACACAAAAUUAAAUAUUUGUAAUGAAGACAUAUUUAACUUGUAUCAAAUAUAUUUAAAAAAACUGAUUGAUACUGCUAAUUUGCAUCAUCUCUCUUUGUCGUCUUAUAUAUUUUCUAAAAAUAAAAUUAACAAUGAAAUUAUUUUUUUGAUUUUAAAUAAAGCAGUAGAAAUAUUAAAUAACAAAAUUACAUAUAAUGAGAAAACUGUCAAAGAUAUUUUAAUUUUGAUUAAUAGUUUUAGUGAAUUAGAUAUAUAUUCAGAAAUGUUAGCAAAACAUUUAUAUUAUAUUAUUUAUAUAAAUGAAACGAAAAUUGAUGAUUCUGAUAAAAAAUAUAAAUUAGAGAAAUUGAUAAACAAUAUUAAAUGGUUAAAUGAAGAAACUCAAAAUAAAAUUAUAAAUAAAAAUAUAUAUUUAUCACCAAAAACAUUGUCUUUAUAUAAAGAUUAUAUUCAAAAAUAA